AUGCCUCCUUCGGCGCAAGUUAACGAACAACCUCAAGAGGUUAAAAAGACGCCCUUACAAUCGAUUUCACAAGGCGCCUGUCUCCCCGGUAUCCCCAAACACCCCACCUUCGCUUUGAAAAGGCAAUGGCAGCUGGAGCAGAUGGCGCUUGCUUUUCGUGUGUUCGCAAGAUUAGGUUACACAGACGACAGUAAGUGCCAAGUGCAUUUUGGCAUGUUGAGAGCCAGCGAUAUGAUCCUUGUUGACUACCAAGGCGUUCCGAUCGGUGCUGCUUUAGGAACUAAGGGCAAGACUUUGAUCCUUCAAAAUCAUGGUCUCCUUAAGACUGGCACAACAGUCGAUGAGGCCUGCUUUCUUAUGACCCUUAUGGAGCGAGCCAGUCAAUGCCAGUUACUUGCUGAGGCUGUUGCAGCAGCUAAUGGUAUCCCAAAGGUUCUUAUUUCUGAUGCAAGUGCAAAAUAUACUUUUGAAAACUCAAGUGAUCCAGAGACAUUGUACUGGGAGGGCCAGCCGGACCUAGAGUACGAGGAAUAUCUAUGUAAGGGUGAGCAUAAGCUAUAG